UGAUGAAGGUUAACUAACAACUACGUUUUGGAACAAAGUCGAUAUAUUCUAUGAAGACAAGGACAUGUAGAGAUAAAAGAGUAUAAAUAAUGAUAUUACCAAUUAAGCUUUCUCUUGAACAUAUCAUCAAAACAACACCUUAUGAGCAAAUGGCUUAUGUUCACCUACUCAUGUCUCUUCUCAUUUUCAUUACCUUCAAAUCUUCAAUCUCUGUCGUCCCUGAUCCACCAACACAAAACCUAAUCAACAGAAUCUGCAAACAAACCAUUGAUUUCAAGUUCUGCAACCAAACAAUCACAUCUCAGCUAGUCAGACGACAAACUUCAAUCAAAACAAUCGCGAAACUAACCGCAGCUAAAGCUUGGAUCAACGCGAUACAAACGCUCGAUAACAUCGAAGAUUCUCUUCUUCCGAAAGCGAAAGAUAAACGAGACAAAGCAGAGUUUGAUGCUUGUAGGAAAGCUUAUAAGUUGGUGGAUGCUCAUUUAGACAACGCGUUGAAGUAUUUGUAUUUACGAGAUUAUAGAUUCAUGAGAGCGUAUCAAGCUCUUGCACUUGUGAAUAUUUCCAUGUGCAGGACUAGUUUUUUCCAUCCGACGCCUAUGGUUUAUGCGAAUUGGAACAUGAAGAUGUUGACGGAUAUAGCGAUUUAUGCUGGCAAGAUUCUUUCUCCUCCUCCUCCUCUUACGAAGAAGAGCAAGUCGCCAUGAAAGACGUCAAUUUUGAAAGUUGGAGCUUUGUUUCUCUUUUAUUCUUAUUAUUCAAUAGAAUAGUAUUUUUUCUGAAUUAUUUCAAACAAAAUUCCAAAACAAUUAUAUACGACAAUGUUUUCUUUGUUAUGUAGGGAAAAAUAUAGGCUGAGUCAUUUUUUUCUAUAUAUACUUGUUUC